AAAAUUUGUGUCUUUGCAGUGUUCUUUUAUUUAGCUAGAAGGUAAAUUAUUUAGCUUCAAGUUCGAAACAUGAGAAAAUAAUAAUUAUUAUGCACUUAAAAUUGACAAAUUAGGAUCGUUUAACUUUGUUCAAUAAAGGCUAUUUGUUACACCCAUUAAGGGUACGAGGUCUACAUGGAAACGUUAAAAGUAAUGCCUAAAUCACUUUCUGCUGAAAGUAAACAUUCCAGUAGGGAGAAUUCUCCGAACAGGCAUACACUCAAUGAAUCAGAACUGCAGAAAACAGCAUUGCAGAAUGAUGACAGUCCUACCCAACGCAAUAAUAAUGCUCCAAAAGUUCGAGAUAAAGAUGAAUCGAUACCGACACAUGAUAAUUCAUGUUUUGCUGAUGAUAUGAAAGAUCAUGAUGAAACGUGCGUUGCUUCUUCCCAACUGGAUGAAAAUGACGGAAAUUUGACAACUAUUUCCCAACUAAGUAAUGAUUCCUCGGAUAUAAAGCAUUUUUACAAAAGCCAUCAUAGAACAAGCAGUUCUCUUGCAUAUAAUCGCAUUACUACUAAAAUUGCAUGUACGAAAGAAUCCAUCAAAAAAGAACAGACUGCUCGAGACGCUAAUGUUAACGAGUACUUAAAACUGGCUGCAAGCGCUGAUAAGCAACAGCUACAACGGAUAAAAGCUGUUUUUGAGAAAAAGAAUCAGAAGAGUGCACAUAAUAUUUCUCAACUACAGAAAAAGCUGGAAUCUUACAGUAAAAGAUACAAAGACAUGCAGUACCAUCAACAUCAAAAACAGCAAAGCAUUCGCCAACCGAGAGAGAUGUUACGAGACGUGGGACAAGGAUUACGUAAUGUGGGAGGAAACAUACGUGAUGGAGUUUCCGGCCUUUCUGCCACAGUUAUGUCAAAGCCACGAGAGUUUGCCCAUCUUAUUAAAAACAAAUUUGGUAGCGCUGACAAUAUUAAUCAACUGUCAUCUACAUGGUACGCAGAUCACAACAUAAUGGAAAUCAACCGCGACUUGAACACAUCCCACUUGGACGACAACGUAUCAUUUCGUUACGAAAAUGUACUGAAUUCGACCCUGGGAGGAGAAUCAGAUACCAUUGGUAUAUCUAGUCCGGGUAUAAUAGGAGACCUGGAAGGAAAGUACAGCGAGCAAGGCAGUGACUGUAGCAGUGUCACAAGCGACAGCAUUCCGUUAAGCUCCGGAAAACAUCGCGUUAUUCGAAGUCACCAUUGCACUAAUAGUAAAGCAAUCAAUGAUAUUCGUGACGACUAUGAUCGGCUAAAAGGAAAAUUAGAUAGAUUAGAGAUCUUGCAUAAAGAUGUCAGUGAGUUAGCCAUGGCAUUAGAAACGGAACGCUACCGGGCGGAAAGGUUAGAGGAGCAAUUAAAUGACUUGACAGAACUACACCAGAAUGAAAUAGAAAAUCUAAAACAAGCCAUAGCAGAUUUAGAAGAGAAGGUUCAAUAUCAAAGUGAUGAGAGACUACGUGAUGUUUAUGAGAUAAUGGAGAAUUGUCAGACAAGGAUAUCAAAAAUAGAGCACCUGUCGCAGCAACAAUAUGUUACAGUGGAAGGAAUCGAUAAUUCUAACGCCAGGGCAGUAGUAGUCAAAUUAAUUAAUGUCGUGUUGACAGUGCUUCAAGUGAUAUUAUUACUCGUUGCAACAGCUGCUGGAAUAACUAUGCCUUUUCUUAAAACGAGGAUACGAGUAUUGACAACGAUCAUAUGCAUAAUAUCUAUAGUUUUUAUAAUAAGGCAGUGGUCAGAUCUCAGGAAUAUAUUAUUAAAUACAAUUGAUUUAAUGAUUAAUUCAAUACCGUUCAAAUAAAACAGUUUGUCAUUUCAAUA